CACCUAUAAUAUAAGUUCUAUAGUUUUCUUUAAGAAUUGUAUUCUUUUGUUUCAGCCUUUAAAUUAACUGCGUACACAUUAUUAGCCAACCUUUUUUCCGCUUAUAGCUAUAAAACCCUUAUACAAAAGCCUCUACAGAAAAGAAAUGAUAUAUUUAUUGUUUUAACUUGUUUUAACUUACCUAGCUAAAUUUCUUGAUGAUCUUUCGACAAGGUGCUUCACAGAAUGAAAAAACGACGAAUGGUGGUAAUUUUGCCAAACGAGAAGUGCGACCACAUGGGUGGUUCUCCGCAGCAGCUGCCACUAAAACAUUAUUUAGAAGACAACAGCUACCAUCUCGAACAACAACAGCUGCAACAAGUUAUUCAAAAACGUAGAAGGUUGAAUGAGAGUAGUAUUCAUUUACAGCAACUUGCAUUACAAGCCACUCAACCUCUUGAAGAAAAUUCCUCCAUUGAAAGUUCUAAACUUGGAAAGCCAUGGCCUACAAAUGUGGUUCGUUCUCGUUGUCCGCUGUUUUUUGGGAGUCGGUUUCGAGGAAGUGCAUAUAUAUCUUCAAAACCUAACACCAUACAGAAUUAUUCACAACAAUCUAAUGAAACUAUCAAGGAAUUUAAAACUUAUUCAAAAUCCUGUCAGUUUAAAUCCUUAGAGGAAAAAGUAUCUAUAGUUAAUAAUAAUAAUUCUUUGGGGUCCUCAUUUCAACAAAGUAUGACUUCUUCUGAUAAUGAUGGGUCACAAAAAACGAUUGAUAAUAAUUUUAAUAAUCAAUUGGGUAGGAUCACGCAUCAACAAAAAGAAGUUUCUACUGGUACUACUAACAAAUGCAUAAUUCCCGCAGACGCGUCAGACUCCAUUCGUAAUCAUUCUAUAGCAAUCACAGAUCAUCAUGAUCCAGGAAAUGAGAAUCAGGAAUUUUCGAUUCUCAAUAUAAUUCCGUCUUUAAUAAGUGAAAAGCAUCGAAAAGCUGCUUUUGUUGAAAACCUUGUCGAUACAGCUGGCCUCAUUAUUGAGGUAAUUUGGGCCAAUUUUUCCGUAAAUCCUAGUGCAAAAAUUAUUCCACUACGUUUAUUCCUUCAAGAAACUUUGCGUCGUUCGAGGACUUCCUAUUCAACUCUUCAAACUGCCUUAUUCUAUCUCUUUCGUAUCAAACCCCAAAUCUCAUCCACGUCUCGACGUACCGAGCUUCCCCUAACCCCGUCUUCCGAGUAUCCCCCAGAUUCUAAUCAAAGUCAGAAUAACGACCCAGCAACCUGCGGCAGGCGUAUGUUUUUAGCGGCACUAAUCGUCGCAUCAAAGUAUCUUCAAGAUCGUAAUUAUUCUAAUCGAGCCUGGUCAAAAAUAUCUGGUCUACCUGUUCAUGAGAUAAAUGCAAAUGAAAUUUGUUUUCUUAAACUUAUUGAUUACAAUCUUUUCAUAGCCGAGGAUAUAUUCAAACGUUGGAGUAGUCUAUUGUUAACGCAUAUCCAAGCUAUUUCAGGUUCAGAUAUGAGUAAUCCUGAUGCGUUCAGGCGAGCAGAGAAUCAGCGAGAAGUAGCAUUAUUUCGUGAAACUUUGAGAUCUAUGGAUCCAAAGACGAUGGAUUAUAAAUGUUCCGGAGUUGGAAUUUAUCCUGUUACACCAGCUGAUAGUGCUCCAAGUUCACCAAAAGAAUAUAAUUCAGAUAAUAUGCAAGUCUCAAAUUCUUAUUCAUUACCCCCUGUAACUGUAACACAACAACCCACACCGCCCAUAUCAUAUGGAAAUUUUGUUGAUAAUUAUAUGUGAUUGAGGUUUAAAAGUACAUACUUUGGUAUUUUGCUAUAGGGAUUAGGUUAUAAAACAGUAAAUUACUAUGUUUUAUAACAUGAUUUUGAUAGCAAAUCACCAAUUCAAUAUUUUCACCUCAUUUAUCAUGCAAUAUUCCUAUAUUUCUAAUGCCUUAAUUUUUUUAUUAUUUACAAAGUAAAUUUCAUAUAGGUAUUAGAAGUUCAGUUUUUUUACCUCAAUGCAAUAACUCACAUUAAGUUAUUUUAAUUUUAACUGUGGGGUGAUUUUAAGCUUUUUUAUAUAUAUAUAUAAGCAUUUUUUCAUGAACCAUUUUAUUGAAUCAUUGCAUUAGAUAUCAUAACUUUAUAUGAUUCAGAUAAUAUUAUUAAAGGUAUAAUAACAUAAAAUUUUUUUAUUAAUUUGAAUAAAA